GUGCUUUAGUUCGCACCCAAUGUUUGGGCAGCACACAACUAUUUCUCCAUUUUCCACUUUCUUCACUUUCCUCCUCUUUGACAAUUAGAAAAGUUACAGACUUUUCUCUUUCCUCUUUCUUCUUUCUUCUCUUUUCCCCUCUUUGAAAAUUAGAGCAGACUUUUGAUCUCUCUCCUCUUUCUUCUUUCUUCUCUUUUCCCCUCUUUGAAAAUUAGAGCAGACUUUUGAUCUCUCUCCUCUUUCUUCUUUCUUUUUUCUUUCACCUGCAAAAGUUGCGAUUGAAUCUGGCCGCAGUGGAGUUCAAACUUUAAGGUUCGAUUGGUGGUGGCAGUUCGCUGCGGUGGUGUGAUUUGGCGGCGAUUUGGUGGUGCAAUUUGGUGGUGAUUUAGUGGCGAUUUGGUGGUGUGAUUUGGAAGCGAUUUGGUGGCCAGUGCGAUAUGGUGGCGAUUUUAUGGAGUUCAAACUUUUAGGUUCCAAUGGUGGUGGUGGUUCGCUGCUGGUGACGGUUUGCUGCCGGUGGCAGUUCGCUGCUUUGGCGUCCUCGGCUUUACUGUUGACACCCAUCUUCUUCGGCAUCUUUAAAGAACAACCGCCGACGAUGGGAGCAACCGCCGACGAUGGGCCGCCGGAAGUCACGCUGCAGACUUCCAUGGGUCCUUUCACCAUUGAGCUGUACAACAAGCAUGCCCCAAGAACAUGCCGGAAUUUUCUGGAACUUUCUCGUCGAGGUUACUAUGACAAUGUCAAAUUCCAUCGAAUCAUCAAAGAGUUUAUAGUUCAAGGAGGAGAUCCUACUGGAACUGGAAGAGGUGGCGAAUCCAUUUAUGGCAAACGCUUUGAAGACGAGAUAAAUCCGGAAUUGAAGCAUACUGGCGCUGGCAUUUUAUCCAUGGCAAAUGCUGGUCCUAAUACAAAUGGAAGCCAGUUUUUUAUUACUCUAGCUCCUACUCCCUCUCUUGAUGGAAAGCACACAAUAUUUGGAAGGGUUUGUAAGGGAAUGGAGAUAAUUAAGAGGCUUGGCAGUGUCCAGACCGACAAUACUGAUAGACCUAUUCAUGAUGUCAAGAUACUAAAGGCAACAGUUAAGGAUUGAUCAAGCAAAAGUUGUCAACAAGAUGCAUCUCUCUGCUCAUUAUCUAACAUGCUAUUAAGUUCUCUUGGCAACCUCUUCAUGAUGUCAGCUAUCUUUUGAGUUUUAUACUACUUCUGUUGGCAACACAUUAUCAUAUUUGUAACUUAAAUACAGAAAAAACUCCAUCUCCAAUAGAUGGCUAUAUGAUGUGUGUACCCCUGAAGUUGCUGGUUUUGCUACUUUAACAGAGAUAUACAACAGGGCAUGUGUAUGAGUUGCCUCUUUUGUUCAAAUAAAUUAUUUAGCAUUUCAUUUAUGAGUAAAUAUUUGAUACAGGAGCGUAAU